UAAAAUCACUACUUUAUAAUAUUCUCACUUUAUUCUCAUAAUACUACGACUUUUUUUCUCGUAAACUAGUGACUUUAUUCUUGAAAUCUCAGAUUUCAAAACCCAAUGAAGAAGCAGAUGAGUUGAAGAAAGAGCAGGACAACCACUAAUAUCAAAGUUAUACCACAACCGCUGCGUCACAUUCGAUAACCAAGGUAACCGUUACUAUAGCUGCGAUCACUGAGCAACACGGCGGACAGCAGCUCCUCGCUGUCUGUCGGUGGCUGAAGAAAGAGCAGGACACGGUUCACCGACAAAUCAUCCACCAGGACAACAAGAAGAUGAACCAGGACCUUAACGCUGCGAACAAAGAGUGCCGUCAAAACUGGUAAUAGUGAACAACUUCAUUGACAUUUUGUAACCUAGCUAGUUAGCUAACAUUAGCCACCGGAAGUGCAGUGAGCGCGCUCAGAGCCCGCCGGCGCCAGUCCGUCCCUCCAGUCCGUCAUGACUCCUCAGCAGCAGCAGGCUGUCCACCACUCCUCCAUCAUCACCCAGAGAGUACAGCUAACCUUCAAACUCUUCCUGCUGGAGAAUGCCCGAAACACACUUGAACAGGAACUUCUCAAACUCACCAACAAGGCCUAUGGAGAGGUUCAAGGUUUCUUGAAUUCAUCCUUUCCCACUAACAUUGGUGUCUUCAGUGAUGUUGCUGAGGCUUUGGAUACAACAUGUCAAGCCAUCGACAAGCUCUCAGCUUCAUUAAAAGACCUCACAGUUGAGCCACAAGUUUGUGUCCAGCUGAUUGUCAAAAAUGGAAGAAGAACAAAUCAACUCCAGCCACUCAGACACAAAGGGAUCCUAAUGUCCGAUGUUGUCAAGUUCGGGCCCAUGUUGCAGAGCUCGCUCAUGGCGAGCUCCAUAGCCAAAGCAGUCCAGGUGCUUGGGGCCACGCUGUCCCACCAGCAGUUGAAACAUUUCCUCAUCUCCCAGCCUGCAGCGGUCCAGCAGGAUGACGUGUUAUGCAGCAUCUCGUCCAGCUACAACAGGGCUGUUACGGCUACGAGCCCAUCCUCUCACUUAAAAGCUGAAGAAACAGAACAUGCUGUUGUUUUUGACGAGCAACGCCCAUCAGAUGCUGUGAUUCUUCCACCUGCGACUAUUGAGAGACCCGAGAUUAACCCAGAGAGGCCACCACUACUACUACCUCCCAUACAAGCUAUACUCCCAGAGAUCAGUAACCCUAAACCAAUGAAAAUAACCCCACUAAUGAGCUGGGGAUGGGAGGAUGAUGUCCAGGUGCAACACCAAAAACAAACAUCCUCUCAGCUGCUUCACUUCCUCAGAGCAAAAGCUAAAAACAUGGGUGCACUGGAGGUCACUGUCAUGGAGUUGAGUAAAAUUAUGCACACUUCAAGUUUGCCACAGUGGCCUACCAUCAAGACACAAAGCUACCAACUCCGACACGUUGCGACGGAUGAUCUGAUCAAUGCGCUAGCUCCGAAAACGUUAUGUGCAGACAUUGAAAACCAAGCCCCAGUCUUCAGAGUGAAAAGAGUGGAAUCAAGCGGCUCUCUGACCUACACUUGUGUGAUUGCAACAAAGACUGAAUUGUGGGAUAUUGGAGACAUCUUCACAGAGGUGGGACAUGGAGACUCUGAAGCUAGCCCCUUGGAAAAUGAAGACUGCCAAAAUCUCACGGCUCAGGUGGAAAACUCCCAUCUAAACGUCCAAGCUCUCCAGUACACAGAACCUGAACAAGUGAGCCAUUUUGUGGAUGCAAAAACGCCAGCGAUCAACGGCGUUACCAUUCCUAAGUUCCAAAACCGGAGGUUUGAAGAGACUGAAGUUGUGGUGUCUCAUAUUAUCAGCCCAGGAAACUUCUACAUCCAACACGCAAACUCCAUCACGAAGCUGCAGGCCCUCGUCACAGACAGCUGGAACGCCAGUAGUUCAUAUGCCGAGCAGAACUGCAUUCCAGACAUUGGAACCAAAGUAAUGGGUUGGUUCCCUAAGCAAGAACAAUGGUGCAGGGCUCAGGUGACGAAGAUAUGUGGAGUAAGUGGAGAUAAUAAUGCCACCGAUGGUGCUGGGAGCGAGACCUCCAUCAAGGUGGAGGUGAAGAAGCUGGACCACGGCGACACAGCCUGCCUGUCACUGUUGAACAUCAAAGAGCUGACCCCAGAAAUGGCCGUCCUGCCACUCCAGGCUGUACAGGUCGCACUGGCAAAUGUGACGCCUGUAAAUGGGAGUGAUUGGUCUGAGGAGGCAGUGGGCUGGUUCAAAGCAAUGGUGCACAACAGAACGCUCUUUGCCAGACUUUACCCACAGGGGCCCAAAGUUACUGUCGAGCUAUUCUUGGAAAAAGGAAAGCUUGGAGCUAUGAGGAGGGGUGCAUCGCUCUCUUUGAGACUGGCCCAGAACGGACACGCAAAACAUAGCAAACUGAAAAACGUCGGCCUCAUGAAAACAAGCACAGUUCAACUUAAAAUGAGGAAACAGCACUCGGAGUGGGAGAAAUACCUCAUCUCGUGCUAUACUCGAAGUAGGAAGUAAUUCAGAAAGCAGAGAAUGUGUUGUUUUGUGGGUGUCAUUUUGUCUGGCUUGUCUGACAGCCAACCAAUGUCAAAUGUGAAAUAGAAAUGGCAGCCCCUGACACGAAGCACAAAUGUUAACACUGAGACAUUUAAUGAUUCUUUAUAUAUAUAUGUAUAUAUCUAUAUAUAUAUAUAGAUAUAUACGUUUUUGUUUAUUUUUUGUGGGCGGGGGCAUUUUAUGCCUUUUUAUUUGAUAGUAAUAGUGGAGAGAGACAGGAAAUGAGGGGAGAGAGAAG